AUGAGUAGUGGUGGCGAAAACGAUCAUUUCUAUAGUUUUGAUGAAGGUGAUUCCAGCUCUAUUGAGCUUUAUGAAUCUCAAAAUACAUCUGAGUUUACCAUACAUGGACUAGUUUUUCCUAAAUUGACUAGUGUGACAAGCCAAGAGUCAGAAUUUGAUAUUAAUGAAGAUGAAGACGGAGUCGAUACCAUAUACGACGGAAUGCUGGAUACUCCUAUUACAAAAAACAGCAAAAGAAUACUAUGCGAAGGAAGCGUACCGAACCUCAAUUAUGAAUGUUUAACGACCAAGGGUAUUUUUGAAAGGAUGCUUCAAAGAGUUGAUCAUUUACAACCCGUUUUUGCGAUUCCAUCUGCAGAUAUAUUGAUAUUAUUACAACACUAUGAUUGGAAUGAAGAACGUUUAUUAGAAGUUUGGACUGAAAAAAUGGACAACUUGCUUGUAGAGCUUGGCUUAAGUAUUACGGCAAAUGUUAAGAAAGAUAACGAUCAUAAUUCACACUUCAGGGAAGUCGAGUUCAAAAAUGACUUUACAUGUAUUAUUUGCUGUGAUAACAAAAAUACGGAAACGUUUGCAUUAGAAUGUGGCCAUGAAUAUUGUAUUAGUUGCUAUCGUCAUUAUAUCAAAGAUAAGCUGCAUGAGGGAAACAUUAUUUCAUGUAUGGACUGUCCCUUGGCAUUGAAAAAUGACGAUAUAGAUAAGGUGAUGGGACAUCCUUCGAGUAGUAAAUUGAUGGAUUCUUCAAUCAAGAGCUUUGUCCAAAAGCAUAAUCGCAACUAUAAAUGGUGCCCAUUUGCUGACUGUAAAUCCAUUGUGCACUUACGAGAUACAUCUUCAUUACCUGAAUAUACCCGUUUGCAUUAUUCACCCUUCGUCAAGUGUAAUUCGUUUCACAGGUUUUGUUUCAACUGUGGAUUUGAGGUUCAUGCCCCAGCAGAUUGUAAAAUAACCAGUGCUUGGGUUAAAAAGGCUAGAAAAGAAUCUGAAAAUUUGAAUUGGGUUUUGUCUCAUACUAAAGAAUGUCCUAAGUGUUCUGUCAAUAUUGAAAAAAAUGGUGGUUGCAACCAUAUGGUUUGCUCAAGUUGCAAGUAUGAAUUUUGUUGGAUUUGUGAAGGCCCUUGGGCACCCCAUGGUAAGAACUUUUUCCAAUGUACAAUGUACAAGAAUACUGAAGAUAGUAAAAGUAAGAACGCUGAAGACGCCAAUAAAACAUUGAAAAAAUAUGCGUUCUACUAUAGAUUAUUUAACGAGCAUGAAGUUUCAGCCAAAUUGGAUUGGAACCUUGGACAAACAGUGGGUACCAAAGUUCAUGCAUUACAAGAAAGGAUGGGCAUAUCAUGGAUUGAUGGACAAUUUCUUUCAGAGAGUUUAAAAGUGCUAAAUGAGGGACGGACUGUGCUAAAAUGGUCUUUUGCCGUGGCAUUUUAUUCGGAUGCAUCACAUAAUUUGACUAAGAUUUUCGUCGAUAAUCAAAUGCUUUUAGCUACCGCAGUGGAAUUUCUAUCAGAGUUAUUGCAAAUAAAAAACCCCGAAGUAAUUAUGAAACGAAGGCCAGAGUUUUAUAAUAAGGCUGGAUAUGUGGAAAAUAGAACCAUUGCUUUAAUGGAGUGCGGUAGAGAACUGCUAUGCAAAGGAAUUUGUAAAGUUGUAGAGUGA